UUAGCCUAUUAGGUGCUGAAGCUUUGACGUGUAGAAAUGGUAACCAACACAAAUGGAGGCCUUACCUUUUCCAGUUUACAGUUUCAACUCAUAAGAUUACAUGUAGAGGCGUAGAGCCUCAGCAGAGCCUCAAAAAUUCAAAGCCAUGGGAGGAGGAGCCAUGCAUAUUGAUUUUCCUAUCAUCCACAUCAAACCCUCUUCUUCUAAUACUACUGAUAAUAAAAUUUUCAGUAAUAAUCUUAAUUUUCCAGUUUCAAACAGUUAUGUUGGAGCUGUUAAACCCUCUUGUUCUGCUUCACAGUGCUACUGUGGGAAUGAAACUUGCAGGAAGAAAUUAGAGCUUGUUUAUGGAAAAGAAGAGAAAAGAGCAAGUGGGUCUUUGAUUAGCAGCUCUGUUUUUGGGUCCGUUCCUUCCCAAUUUGAAGUCCAAAGUGCAAUUGCUGCACUUCUGAAUUUUAUGCUUGGGGUAAAUUCAUCUGAGUCAGACUUACAGUGGCUUCAGAAAUUGUUGGAUUCUUGUGUUACAAGAAAGUUACUGUCCUAUGGACACAGAAAACUUUAUGAUGCUUUCCAGUUGCUGCAAGCAGAUCCUUCUGUUCAGAGAUUGGUGCUUUCCCUAUCCUCUGAUAAAGCCCUAUGGGAUGCUAUUACCAACAACGAGUUGGUCAAGAAGCUCCAAGAGCCACCCGGUUCAGGCGUGCCUCAAAAUUCAAACACAGAACCGGACUUGGUUGCCUGCAUUAUCGAGUGGAUUAUGGAGAUGACAAAAGCGAAAGUUAUGGAACUCGUUGAGAAAUUCCAAUCACUGGUGAAUGAUGUAUUUCUACCUCGACAGACUAAGGGGGAAAAUCCAGAAGUCAAGAACAAGAACGAGUUUGAAGAAAAGCUUAGAUCUUCACUGCUUCUCUCAAUUGUGACCCUCUUGAUUGUGGUUGUCGCUCGACUCCAAAGGGCAUGAUCAGAUAAGCUUGUGAAGAGUGUUUGUUAAAACACAUCGACUACUUUCAGGUCUCUUUUCUGCAUAUAGCAAGAUCCUGAACAUUGUAUUGUUGAAAGAACAAUUUCUUAAAUAUCUUUUCCUACUGCAA